GCUAUGUCCGUCACAGGCCUCGUCUCCACUAUCUUCGCAGACUCUGCCAUGAUUUGGCGAUGCUGGAUGGUUUGGGGAAAGCGCUGGCCUAUUGUCGCGCCUCCGAUCCUUUUCCUCAUAUCUGGAUCUGUUUUAAAGGCUCUAGCGAUAUACAAACGAAACACCGGUCAAGCGGGGCUCCUCGAUCUUCCUCUAAUCCUCUAUAUGGCUUUCACUCUUGCAACGACUCUCUGGUGCACCUUGAUGAUCAUUAUCCAUAUAUUGAGUGUUAGAAAGGCCAGCACCGCAUUGGAGAGACCAACCAAACUCUAUCGUCACAUUAUAGAACUCUUGGUCGAGUCCUCAGGCCUCUAUGCCAUAACUUUGAUUCCGAAUAUCGCCCUUCUGGCUUCCCAGAAUAUGGCAAACUAUUACAUGGAAACCAUGGGAGCAAUUACAAGAGGUGUAGCCCCGACACUCCUCAUUGGGGGCGUCGGGGCAGGACACGCAUGGCCAGAAGACUUUUGGCAGGGAAGCGUUACGUCGUCGCUUCGCUUUGGAACGCAAUCCGGAGACAGUGGCCAGAUGAGCUCUCAGGACGAUGCUACACAGAGUGUCGUGAGGUACAAUGACCUAGAAUGCCUGCCGGAUAGGGAGGAUAACCUCAACGAGAGCGUCUCCGAGUAGAGGGUGAUAAGGACUGCACUGCAUUUUUUAAUCAUGGUUGUCAGCAUACUACUUUGAAGCGUAUCACCGGAACCACUUACACGUUGUCCUUCGUUUACCUUUACGUGGACGACCUACGAUUGUGUGUGAUUAUUACAUAUCCCUUUAAUGCUCGUCAGUAGACCUCCUUGUUGCUGGGGUUGCCGAUAUGUAUUUCCAG